CGUCCGCUUUGCCUAAAUGCCAUUAUUAUUUUCCGAGUUUCAUCCACAGCCACAGUGCAAAUUACGGCCGCACGUUAAUAUAUUAUAAUACAUAACAAUAACAAUGCUAAACUAAAGUUAAAACCUAGCUCUACACGUUCAUCAACUUAAUUUAAGUGUUAAAGUAGUUCUAAAGUGUCUUUUAAGUCGUCAAAAAGAGGCGAAGCAAUCAACCAACUUACAUACAAAUACAUAUAUAAAAAAAAAGUUCGUCGUCGUUGUCUCGCUGUCUCCCGUUGUCACCAGUGAAUUGUGGUUCUACAUAUAUGUAAUUUGGAAUCGCAUGUGCUUGUUCGAUUAAUGUGCGUUCUCAUUGCUGCGUUUGCCCUUCUGCAUACGAACUAAAAUACAAAAAUACAUUUGCAGUGCGAGGUAAGAAGAAGUUGCCCAACGGAGUUCAGAAAGAUGCAACAUCAUGUGCAUGCAACGAGAGCAGCGUCACAUUUACGGGCUCCACAUCAUCACAACCACAUGGCAAUGCCACCACAUCCACAUGCCGGCAUGGAGCAACAUCUGAGCACAAUCACAGCAGCAGCAGCAGCGCCAGUUGCAACACAGCAGCAGCAACAGCAACAGGCGCCGCAACAACGUGAUGCUCAUCAUGGACGACUGAAUCAGCAUCAUCAUCAACAUCUUCACGCACAGCAGCAGCAACAACAGCAGCAGCAGCCGCCGCCAUCGAAUGCCGCGUAUCACAACAAUAACAAUAGCAACAGUAACAACAAUCAAAUGCAAAAGAUACGACAACAACAUCAGCAUCUCAACACAAGCAAUGGGCAUUUGACAAAAUGUAAUCAACCGCCUCCAGCUCCUCCCCAGACAUACCUGAAUCCUGCACCAAUUACCUACAGUCAAUUGCCACAUCAUAUGGCACAUUUGGGCAGCUAUGCGGCACAAGCGCCGCCUCCAACAGUGUUGAGUGGCAAACAACCACAUUAUUAUCUCAGCACGGCAAAGCCAGCCAAAUACAACAACAAUAACAACGGCAGCAGCAACAACAACAAUAACAACAGCAGCAACUAUGCACAUGCACCUAAAACCAUACUGCAAAAUACAUAUCGCAAUGCCAAGAGCAAUGGACAAGCAGCAGCUGCAACCACAGAUGCAGCAACAGUUGCAGCGACAUCAGCAACCGUUGUCGCUGCCGCUGAGCAUGCACUGCCAACCACAUUGAGAAUUGUGGGCAGCUGUAGGAACAGCAAUGGCGAUAACAUUGUCAUUGCCAGCGAGGAAAUCUGUGAGCUGCCGUCUGCGGAGACGCCGGACAACUGUGAGGCAUUGCCGACGCACGUCGACGAUUGCAGCAGCAGCACGGAGCACAUUGAUGCAACGGGCACGUUGCCCAAUGAGGACAGCAGUGCUGCUCGCAAUGCUAAGGACAAGACGCCCAUGUGCUUGGUCAAUGAACUGGCCAGAUACAACAAGAUCACACAUCAAUAUCGCUUGACUAGCGAGCGUGGUCCGGCGCAUUGCAAGACAUUUACGGUGACAUUGAAGCUGGGCGAGGAGGAGUAUUCAGCGGAUGGAUUUAAGAUCAAAAAGGCGCAACAUUUGGCCGCCUCGAAGGCCAUUGAGGAGACCAAGUACAAGCAUCCGCCGCCCAAGAUACGCCGCAAUGACGAGAGCAGUUCAACGCGUACGCAUAUCACUCCCACCGUUGAACUGAAUGCGCUGGCCAUGAAGCUGGGACAACGCACCUACUAUCUUUUGGAUCCCACGCAAAUGCCACCGGCGGAUGCGAUGCUGCCACCGGAAUAUGCCACACCGUUGUUGCCUACGCCGGCGGCUGGACUGCCAGCGCCACCUCCGCCGCCGCCUUAUGCCUUGCGUCGCAAUGCCAACACAGCUGGCGGCUAUGUGCUCGCUGCACCGCCCAUGCAUCCACAUCAUCCUCAUGUGGCGCUGCCGGCACAGCGCGGCAUCUAUGGCCAUCAGCGUCCAUAUGCGCCCAAGUAUCAGUCCCGUUAUGCGCUGACGCCGGCGCUGGGGCCGCAUAUGCUGGCCGGUCCGCAUGGACCAUAUGCGCCGCCACUGCCAGUGACUCCCAGCAAGAUAACACUGUUCGUGGGCAAGCAGAAGUUUGUGGGCAUCGGACGCACUCUGCAGCAGGCCAAGCACGAUGCGGCGGCACGUGCCUUGCAGGUGUUGAAGACUCAGUCCAACAGCACGACGGAUGAGGCGCUAGAUGAUUCCAUGGAUGAGGGCGACAAGAAGUCACCCAUUUCUCAGGUGCACGAGAUUGGCAUCAAGCGCAGCAUGACAGUGCACUUCAAGGUGCUGCGGGAGGAGGGACCAGCACACAUGAAGAACUUCAUCACGGCGUGCAUUGUCGGCUCCAUUGUCACCGAGGGCGAGGGCAAUGGCAAGAAGUUGUCCAAGAAGCGUGCUGCCGAAAAGAUGCUGAGCGAGCUACAGAAACUGCCACCACUUACGCCAACCAAACAGACGCCCAUGAAGAGGAUCAAGGUGAAAACACCUGGCAAAGGAGGCGCAGUGAAUGCAGCUGCUGCUGUUGCUGGCAUGGCAGCUGCUGCUGUCACUCCACUAGGUAAACCGGAGAGACGCAAGCGUCUGAGUGCGGCCUUGAAGGAGAAGCCAGUUGUGGACCUGGAUGACGCAGAGAAUCCCAUCACAAAGCUCAUACAAUUGCAGCAAACACGGAAGGAAAAGGAGCCCAUCUUCGAACUGAUAGCCAAGAACGGCAACGAAACGUCCAGACGGCGGGAAUUCGUCAUGGAGGUGUCCGCCAGCGGCAGCACAGCCCGCGGCACAGGCAAUAGCAAAAAACUGGCCAAACGCAAUGCAGCACAAGCCCUGCUGGAGUUGCUGGAAUCAACGGAGCCCAAGAGCGGCGAUACGGAACACGCCUUGGAUAACAAUGUAAACGCAGCUGCGACUGAAGUCCAGGCUGUACUCGAUGUGCCCAUGGUGUCAACGCCAGCAGGGCCUGUCCCCGGUAUACUCAUACUCCGCCAAAACAAGAAACCAGCUAAGAAAAAAGACGGAGUAGUCGUUGUCAAAGCCAAUGUGGAGCCAGUCAAGGAGAAGGAAGCCAGGCCAGAAGCUAUACUAACAGCAACAACAACAGAGGAAACCACCAGCAACAACAACAACAACAAUAGUAGUAGCAAUAGCAGCAGCAGUAGCAACGAUUCAAAUGCAAACGAAGCUGCCAAUGGCAGUGAGAGCACAUUGAACACUUCCACGGGCAGCAACACCAGCGGCGUCAGCAGCAACAGCAGCAACGCAACCACAAGCAGCAGCAGCAGUGCCAGUGGUGGUGCUGAUGGCGGAGGUGGCGGUGGUGGCAACGGAGGAGGUGGUGUGCAUAUGAAGGAACAGCUAAUAUAUCUCAGUAAAUUGCUGGAUUUCGAGGUGAAUUUCUCGGACUAUCCCAAGGGUAAUCACAAUGAGUUUCUAACGAUUGUAACACUAUCCACAAAUCCGCCACAGAUCUGUCAUGGUGUUGGCAAAAGCUGCGAGGAAUCACAGAAUGCAGCUGCACGCAAUGCUCUUAAGAUUCUAAGUGAACUGGGCCUAAACAAUGCCAAGAAAUAAGCCAAACAAAUUAACUAACUGCAAUUUUUGUUGCCAAUAUAAACGCAAAACAAAACAAAACAAAAAGCUAAAAAAAUACCCGUCCACAAAUCAAACCUUAAAGAACUAAACGAAAGAAAUGAGAAUGUAAAAGAUAAAGUAAUUAAAAAAAUGAAAAGAUAGCUGUGUGCAAAUUGAAAAGAAUUAAAAACAAUGCAAGAAACAGUACUUUUUGAAAUAGCAAAUUAUUAGUUAAUAUACCUAUUUAUUUAUUUAUGUGCAAGUAAGCGCAAUGUGCAUAGUUGAUUUGUUUAAAACAAUGCACAGAUUGCGCCAACUGCUGUUAUUAAUUUUAUUUAUUUGUUGUUGAAAAUUGAGAAACGGUUAAACACAUUCUGAGCCAAGUCAAGCGCAACGAAAACUCAACCAUGUUAAAAAGUUAUAUUUGAAAAAAAUGAGAGAAUAUAAACAAUAACUGAAUAGCCUUAUCGAAAGAUAGUCAGAGAAAAAAGAGAGAGUGAGAGCCAAGAAAUGUUGUUGCAGCAUGUUGCACACAUUAAAUUAAUAUUUAAAGUUAAGAAUGAAAGAUCGUUAAGCACUUGAAUUGAAUUGAUGAACAUAUUUAAACACUACAAAAUAAUAAUGAUAAUAAUAAUAAUAUUUAUUAGCUGCAUGCGGCUGCUUAAAUGCUUAUGCAACGCUUUCAAAAAAUAAAUACUAAAAUUUUGUUGCCACAAAAAAUUAGAAAUACCAGAAAUCGAAAUUGAAAAACGAGCUGUGCACACGCGUUGGAAAUUUUUAAUUUAUUUUUUCAAAGCCAAAA